UGGAGUGUCUGUUGUGUAUCCGUCGGUGUUUCGGUAUCUCUGGCCACACGUCUUACUCUCUGGUUAAGGAUCAGCUGAUCCCGAAAGUGGUUUUGGACACCACAACAAUGGGUACUGAUGUAGUGAUCGUGAAGAAAGGUCAUCGAAUCUGUGGCACCGGUGGAGCCAUCACUACCACUCCUAUCGUCCAAAAUAAGGCAUACUUUGAGGUCAAAGUUCAACAAACGGGCAUUUGGGGCAUAGGUUUGGCCACCAGUAACGCGAACCUGAGUUCGGUUCCGCUGGGAAUCGAUAGCCAGAGUUGGGUCUUAAGACAAGACGGAAAUAUCAUUCACGAGAACCAAAUCGUUCACACAUUGAGCGAAGAGUUACAGGAGAGCGAUGUCGUGGGCGUGACCUUCGAUCACAUCGAACUCAAGUUCUUCGUCAACAACAAAGCCAUCGAUUUGGCCGUC